AUGGAGUCUGAGAACGUGACAGGAAACAGAGAUUUUCUUCUUCUAGGAUUUUCUGAGGAAACGGAGGUUCAAUCUAUCAUCUUUGUGCUUUUCCUGUCCAUGUACCUGAUCACCGUGCUGGGGAACCUGCUCAUCAUCCUGGCUGUCCACUCAGACUCCCACCUACACACACCCAUGUACUUCUUCCUGUCCAAUCUGUCCUUUGUGGACAUCUGUUUCACCUCCACCACAAUCCCCAAGAUGCUGGUGAACAUCCAGACACACAGCAAAGCCAUCAGCUAUGCGGGCUGCCUAACCCAGAUGUAUUUCUUCCUAAUCUUUGCAGCAUUGGACAACUUUCUCCUGGCCGUGAUGGCCAUUGACCGUUAUGUGGCCAUCUGCCAACCCCUGCGUUACAUGGUCAUCAUGAACCCCCGGCUCUGUGGGCAACUGCUUCUGAUGUGCUGGACCUUGAGUAUCCUCGAUUCCUUGUUAGAAAUCCUCAUGGUGUUGCCACUGUCCUUCUGUGAACAUGUGGAAAUCCCUCACUUUUUCUGUGAACUCAACCAAGUAGUCCACCUAGCUUGUUCGGACACUUUUUUCAGUGACUUGAUGAUGUAUUUGUCAGCUGUGCUCCUGGCAGGUGGCGCCUUCACUGGGAUCCUAUACUCCUACUGUAAGAUCGUGUCCUCCAUCCGUAAAAUCUCCUCAGCUCAAGGGAAGUUUAAAGCCUUUUCCACCUGCGCAUCUCAUCUCUUUGUAGUCUCCUUGUUUUAUGGCACAGCCCUAGGUGUGUACCUGAGCACUGCUGUGACAGAGAACUCACAGAGCACUGCAGUCGCCUCCGUGGCUUACACCGUGGCCACCCCCAUGCUGAACCCCUUCAUCUACAGCCUCAGGAACAAAGACAUCAAGGGUGCUCUGUCACGCCUCUUUAGGAAGAAACAGUGA